UCCAACACUUCAAAAGCUCCCAAAGUCUUAGUUUGGUAAUAAACAAAAAAGAGCUAGAGAGAGAAAAGAGAGAGAGAGAGAGAUGGAGAACUUCCCAAUCAUCAACUUGGAGAAGCUCAACGGAGAUGAGAGAGCAGCAACCAUGGAUCUGAUCAAAGAUGCUUGUGAGAAUUGGGGUUUCUUCGAGUGUGUGAACCAUGGGAUACCGCAUGAGCUGUUGGACAGAGUGGAGAAGAUGACAAAGGAGCAUUACAGGAAGUGCAUGGAGGAGAGGUUCAAGGAGUUGAUGAAGGAGAGAGGACUCGACGCUGUUCAGUCAGAAGUCAACGACGUUGACUGGGAGUCCACCUUCUUCCUCAAACACCUCCCCAUCUCCAACAUCUCCGACAUCCCAGAUCUCCACGACGAUUACAGGGCGGUGAUGAAGGAAUUCGCGGCGAAGCUGGAGAAAUUGGCGGAGGAGCUGCUGGAUUUGCUGUGUCAGAAUCUCGGUCUGGAAAAAGGGUAUCUUAAAAAGAUGUUCUACGGUUCGAAAGGGCCGACCUUUGGGACGAAGGUGAGCAACUAUCCGCCAUGUCCGAAACCAGACCUGAUCAAGGGGCUUAGGGCACACACAGAUGCAGGCGGCAUCAUCUUGUUGUUUCAGGACGACAAGGUGAGUGGUCUUCAGCUCCUCAAGGACGGAAAAUGGGUCGACGUCCCCCCCAUGAGACACUCCAUUGUCGUCAACCUUGGUGAUCAGCUCGAGGUCAUAACAAACGGGAAGUACAAGAGCGUAGAGCACAGAGUGGUUGCUCAGACGGACGGGACGGGACGAAUGUCGUUGGCGUCGUUCUACAACCCGGGAAGCGACGCCGUGAUUUUUCCGGCGGCGGAAUUGGUCGGAAAAGAUGAAGCGGAGAAGGAGAAGGAGAUUUACCCGAAAUUCGUGUUCGAAGAUUACAUGAAGCUUUACUCUGCUGUCAAGUUUCAGGCCAAGGAGCCCAGGUUCCAAGCCAUGAAAGCUAUGGAGAACAACCUAGCUGUGGAGACGGCUUAAACAUAUAUACACACCUAUAUAUAUAGUAUAAUAUAACGAGUAUGAACUCAUAGCACGAUUGUUUGAGUAAGAAGGAAAUAAAUAAAUUGUACGAAGGAAUAUUCGCUUCGAGAGAAUCGGUAUUAUAAGUUAUUGUUAACGAAAGUUUAAUUGGUUGGUGGUGUG